CAAAGAGUGGGACUUCCGCUAGAAUUACGUCUAUUCUGUGCUAAAACCCAGAUAUUUUCUUAAUUUCAGCAUGUCGUUAUGCACUAGGAAUGAGCUAUUUCAUGUUAAGAGGAAGAAGUCCUUCAAUGGGAUUUAUUAACCGCCAACUUCAUAAAGGAACUUUUAAGUUAACAAAAUAUGGUCCAACUGUGAACAGGUAUCAUAAGUUCACCGCUACGGGACCAUAUGCUUACAUGCCUACUUACCAUGAUAGAACAAUGUAUGAAGAGAUUUGGGGGGGUUUAAAAUAUCACGACAUCUAUGUGGAAAUACAAUUACAUGGUGUGCACAUUCUUGAUGGCCACGCUGUAAUUGGAGGACAGAUUAAACACGAAACUUACAUCUUUCUCGUUGGUAAUUCCUGGCCUACGACCAUAACACGCUGGGCUGUAAACUACACCAGCGACUACAAGGAAUGGACCCGUUAUAAGAAUAAAGAUGGAGAGGAACAUCACUUCAGGUUGUUGGAAAUGACCAGAAAAGACGGAAUGGCUUAUCCUGGUUACCACAAAUUUGAACCUAGAAUCAUUGCCAAUCGUAUUCGCAUUUUACAGUUAUCAUACAGAGUAAUGGCAGCCGGAUUAGGUGGAUGUUUUGCAGUGGAGCUCUUUGGUUGCAGCUACGAUGGCGAAAAUGCUGGCUUACAGACUCCAGUAAAAAAGGAGAAAGGAACCUACUGGUUGACCAAUGAGACUGUUUAUCCAUGGCAACUUUACGCCGUUUUUAACCGACCUGCGUAUACGACUGUUCCUGAAAAACAAGUAGCAAUGGUACUAUCAAAGUACUAUGUUGACGACUUAGAAGACGGUAUGCUCUCUAUCUAUGGCCAUUGUCAACCAUACGGGAAAUAUCCAGCUCGUUUGAUUCUGGCACAGAAAGGCGAAUUUUGGUUUCCAGAUGGCAGUCCCUUGAGAUAUCGUCUUCGUGAUGGUAAUACACCAGAGUGUAUAACGAAUUUCAGAGAUUACAUUAACGACCCAUUGAAGUCACUGGAAUGUUUUCAAAAUCUGGCACACUUCAAGAAAUCGUGGGACAUCCCAGCAUCUAAAAAAAUAAAAUAUGAACCCCGAAAAGGAUAUAGAACGCGGUAUAUCGCUGCCACUAACGAACUAGAAACUGUGGUAAAUAAAAAGAUUCCUCAAACUAAUUUCUGGUGUGCGCAGAAAUUUGUGAACACAAAAUUUUAUUUUAAACCGUAUCCCACCAAAAGAACUACAGACUGCAGUGAUAUCAUCUUGGCUUUCGGUGAUUCGUAUUGCAAAAAUUCAUUAGCAGAAUACUGGGAGAUCGACCUGAAGAAGAUUUUCCUGAUAGACAGCCUGAAGUUCAAAGGUCAUAAAGAUAGUGCUAGAAAAAGCUGGGCAAGCCGUGUCAAAGUUAUGUACAGUGAAGAUAAAGACGUUUGGCUGUUACUCAAACAGCGCUACUUAACCAAAGCGGAUUUUAAAACUAACACAGGGUCGAGACAUACCUCCCACCAUUUCUUGAAUCCACGAAUCAAGGCGAGAUAUCUACGGAUCACUGCUGUGGCAGGAAGCCGCGACCGUUGCAUGAGAGUUGAAAUACGUGGCUGCAGCAAAGAGCCUUGGUUGCAAGCAAAACAGAAGGUUAAAGACGAUGCUAAAAGAAUUGGUCUCAACAUGUGGCAUGUUGUAGUUUUCAAUAAAAAUAAGGGGAAACGUUUUCAAAUCAAAUGUUACCAUGACGAUGCUCGCGCAAAUGUGAUCGAAACGGUUUAUGAAAUAAUUGGUAGCUACGAAUUCCCGCUGAAAAGGGAUGAAAUUAGACUUCUGGAAUGGAAGGAUGCGAAGAUUUACAAAUGUGUUGCUCGUGACCAAUUGAAAAGGGUCGUCAGUACUCAAAUCUAUAUCAUUACGAGCUACGGAACUAAUUUGCUCAUUCCUGUACAAGAGCAAGGCCUGCUUCAUCAGGGCGGAUCUCCGUUGUUUAACCCUUAUGGCACAAUUUGGACACAUGAACCCGUCACGGCCAAAUUAACGUUCUUGCAUUUUCCUAACGUGAGGACUUCAUACGAAUGGUACGGUCGAAUUGGUCCGUUGGCGUGGAGAUCUGGCGGUGUUAUCAAAAGCCUUGGAAAGGCAAGAACAAGACGCGAAUGUCUUCAAUUAGCAAUAUUUGCUGAAGAAAAAUACUUUAUCUUUUCGUCCAAAAUAAAACAGUGCUUCGCUGGUUGGGCUAUACCGUAUCUUGUUGAUCCACGGGAAAAUCUUUUUGAAAAAUAUAAAGACGCAAUGUCUGUCUAUGAAAUACAGUACAAUCGAGAACCAUAUUCUGUUAAUUGGAGACACGGAGGCACACAAAUUGGUGGCUACGAACAUCAGCCCAAGAGACAAAAGACGAUAGUUUCACAACUACUGCCGUUUAGUUCCGGCAAAUUCCAGUUCCGUUCCGAUGGUGGUUUUACAAGACGUAGCUACGAUAUGCAUUCUUUAAUCAUCAAAGAUUUCACGGUCAACGAGGUGAAGGAUUAUACUCUUGAAAUUAUGACAAUCACCUCAAUUCCACGGCUCAUCUUCAAACGCGCAGUAGUACUGAGACAUUAUGGGGAGCCAAGACUUAGUAUGCCCCCCACUGGAGGUGCGUGUAUAAACCAUCCAUUGAUAAUAACCGCUGUACCAAUACGAGGUGAGUACGUUGAGGCCGUAGAAUGGGACGUUGAAUGGAGGAAAAUAGAAAAUGGUAAAGCUUUUAAGACAAAGAUGGAAACACAAGAUCCGUUCGUACUAAAAGCCGAACGUGCCGCGUUACGACACUCGGGAGUUUACCGUAUUCGUGUGAAGAAUCGAUAUGGUUUUGCAGAGGGGACCAUACAAAUAGAUGUUGUGGAAAACCCACCUUCUAUCAUUUCUGUGACGUCAUCACCGCACGUGGCUGUCGAAGACUCGUCAGACGUUUUGCACGUGGACAUGCGCAACGAAGAUGGUCUUGUGUCAAUUGACUGGUACUAUAAUGGAAAAUUAAUCAAGAUUGAGGACAAGCAUUUUUCAUUCCCAGGAGCCCAUCCUGGUCGUCCUGACACCAGAAAAAUGUUGAAAUUGAGUAAUUUACAUUCUGGUAUGAGCGGUGUUUUCAAAGUCAUCGCAAAAGCAAGAUUUUGCGAAUUUACCAAGGAAAUAGUUGUGGAUGUUUAUGUGCGUCCAAAAAUGAUCGUUAUUCCCAACGUGCGCACGCUCUAUCAGAUUGCUGGUGGUGAUACAACCAUUGUUCAAGUUGUCGUCGCUGGUGGCAACCCAACACCUGAGAGAGAACACCUUGUAUGGUAUAAAGACUCGAAACUGUUAGAAGUUACAAGAAGUGGAAGAGUCAGGGUGCAAAAUCAGGAAUGGUUGGAGAAAAAGGGGAAAUCAAGCGAUGAUAUUCAGAAUGAAAAACGUAAACGCAUUGGUUGGAACUCAACGCUAAGCAUAACUUCACCGCGGGUCUCAGAUUCUGGCAAAUAUUCUUUUAUGGUAUCAUUUCCAAGAACAAACUACACUGUCGAACGGAUAAUUAAGGUUACAAAGUUAUGAA